AUGACGUCCUGUUUUAGCAGCCAAUCUGUCAUCAUUACAGGUGCUUCUGCGCCAUUGGUAGAGGCGUUUCGCGCUUGUUCCUCAGAAUCCAAGAACAAAACUAUCGCGAUCAACCUAGAUAGUCUGAUAUCUAGGGACUUGACCGAAGCACAGGCUCAAAUAAAUACCGCUUUCAACUCUUUCGACCAAAUUGAUGUUUUCAUUAUCGACACCAGAUUUCAGGAGCCCUCUGGGAGAGACGCCAUUUGGGAGAUUCCUUUGAGUGAAUGGGAUCAGGGACACACAUCUAUGAGCUGCCAAAGAAAGAUGUUGCUGCAGGCAAAAUUAUUCUUCCAGCAUCAGUUCCAGAUCAACGAGACAAAGUCUCUUGAGAACCAAUCAGGAAACGGGUUCUCUAUGGUCGUCCUCGGUUAUCGAGAUCUCUUCGAUGCUUCACUCGAUCAUGUUAUUUCAAAGCUCCAAAGAGACGUCUCACGACUUCACCCAGGUGCUUCCGUCAACUUCCUUGAUUUUAGCACACCGCAAGAGGUGUCCGCGCAAUCAAUCGUCGCAGCAACAGCGAUAUUGGCUUCGGUGAAACCCGCCCGUGGAAUCAUUUCACUGGCCGACAUUUCGAGUGUAAAAGGCACUGAGAAAAACGAGAAUCAUAACUCCAUUGUUCAGAACACUCAACUUUGUCGAAGCCCGCCUCUCCAUCAUAAGCAUCCAAAGGUCAAAAUUGCUUUAUCGUUCGACUUCGACGCAGUCUCCGCCUUCCUGGGUACAGGACAUCAUCCAGACAACAACAUGGCAGACUACAGCACCGGCAUAUUUUCCGGCCGAGUUGGUGCCAAUCGGAUACUACGGAUGCUACAAAAACACCAAGUAGCCGAUAAAGUUACUUGGUUCAUUCCGGGACACACGAUGGAAACCUUCGAACCAACCGUCAAAGAGAUUAUCCAGUCCGGCGCCGAGAUCGGACUUCAUGGCUAUUCGCACGAAGGUGCCUAUCAAAUGACACCCGCUCAAGAGCGAGACGUACUCGUCAAGUGUAUGGAAGUGUCACAACGACUAACCGGCAAAAGAGUUCGAGGCUACCGCGCGCCCAUGUACCAACUUCGCGAGACAACAAUCGAGCUUCUGAGAGAAUUUGAAUUUCUAUACGACUCCUCUCUGAGCCAUCAUGACUCACAGCCAUAUUUCACACCCAGCGAUCCACCUAUCGAGAAAGUGGAUUUCUCCAAACCGGCUAGUGCUUGGUUACGCCCCACGCCGCUUGCUGCGACAAAUGCCCGCCCUGUGGGCCACCCACUGGUGGAAAUUCCCACUGGGUGGAAUAAUGAAGAUAUGAUGGCGUUGCAGUACUUCCCACAUCUUGAGAAUAGCCAUGGACAUGUUGAUGCACGGGUUGUUGAGCAGAGAUGGAAGGACAUGUUUUUGUGGCUGUGGGAGAAUGCCCACAUUGAUGGAGGAGAUGGGAGCUUUGUCUUCCCUAUCUUGAUGCAUCCCGACACCAGUGGAAUGUCUCAUGUGAUCGGUAUGGUUGAUCGUUUUGUGGGGUGGCUUCGGGGAUGGGGGGAUGCAGUUCAAUUCCGCACUUUUGAGAGUAUUACACAGGAGUGGUUAGAUGAGCAACAGAAGGCCAUGUAA